UGUUCUCAAUUAGCGUGGGUUUCGUCAGUGGGUGUGUGCGAGUGCCUAUGAAGACUUCGACAAUGACUUCCACGAGGGUUUUAACGUUUUCUUUAAUUGUAAGUCUUCUGACAUUUUGUCACGGAGAUCUACAGCAAGAAGAUGAGUUUCUAUACGAUACCUUUCCGGAAGGAUUUCGAUGGGGAUUUGCGACGGCAGCAUAUCAAAUUGAAGGGGCAUGGAAUAUUGAUGGAAAGGGAGAAUCGAUCUGGGACAGAUUUACUCAUAGACUCGUCAGCCCAAUUAUCGAUGGUAGCAAUGGCGAUAUUGCCUGUGACUCCUAUCACAAAUAUCCUCGAGAUGUUGAACUUCUAAAGUCCAUGGGAGUUCAAUUUUAUCGGUUCUCUAUCUCAUGGUCUCGUGUACUACCACGGGGGACAAAUGACCUCGUAAAUGAAGUUGGCAUAAGUUAUUACAACAACCUGAUCAACUUAUUAAUAUCAAAUAACAUAAUUCCAAUGGUAACAAUGUAUCACUGGGACUUGCCACAAAAUUUACAAUCUCAAUUUGGUGGAUGGCCUAAUGAAACUUUAAUUGAACAUUUUGAGAACUAUGCUCGUUUACUUUACGAGAGAUUUGGUGACCGUGUCAAGCACUGGAUGACGUUUAAUGAACCUUUCAACACAUGUGAACUGGGAUAUGGAUUGUCUAUCGCUGCUCCAGGCAUUCUUGGGGAAGCUACUGAACCGUACAAGUGUGCUCACACCAUACUAAAGUCCCAUGCAAAAGCUUAUCGUCUCUACGAACGGGAAUUUAAGGAAUGGCAAAACGGGGAAGUUGGGAUUGUAAUUGACUCGGAAUUUAUGCAACCGGAUAACCCAGACGAUCCUACGCACGUGGAAGCCGCAGAACGUGCACUCAGAUUUAAACACGGAUGGUUUGCAUUUCCAGUAUUCUUCGGAGAUUAUCCCAGCGUCAUGCGAGAAUUAGUGGAUGCUAGGAGCGAAGCCGAAGGUCGAAACGCUUCAAGAUUGCCCACAUUGGACGAGGAGUGGCAAACCAUGUUGAGGGGUAGUUUCGAUUUUUUGGGGGUGAACCAUUACACGACUGAGCUUGUGCGACCUGCAGCUGCCCAGGGCUUGCCAGGGUGGAGUGGUGACCAGCAAGUUUCAAAACGGAAAGAUCCAUCAUGGGAAGGCUCGGCGUCUGCCUGGCUAAAAAAAGUGCCAUGGGGCUUCCGCAAAUAUCUCAACUGGCUCAAGAAUACGUAUGAUAAUCCAGUAAUGUACAUUACUGAGAACGGAUGGAGUGAUGAUGGCCGGGACCCAACGAAUGACACAUCAAGAAGCUUGUUUUAUCGGGACUACAUCAACAAUGUUUUAAAAGCGGUGAAGCUGGAUGGUGUGAAUAUCAAGGGAUAUACGGCAUGGAGUCUCAUGGACAACUUUGAGUGGGCGAAUGGCUUCACUGACCGUUUUGGAGUACAUUGGGUCGAUUUUACUGAUCCGGAAAGGCAAGUAAUUCCCAAAGAUUCCUCUGUGGUGCUCAAGAAAAUUUUUGAAGAUAAUGGAUUUGUCGAGGAAUAGCAAGACAACCAAAUUAUAAUAACGGUCGGAAUGGGCUAUAUAAAAAAAUCUAGAAUUAAAUAAAUUCCUUUAAUAUGUGCAAGUCUAGUCAGUUGAAUUCUCUGUUCUGUAUUUAACGAAUUUACGGUCAUUUUCAAUGAGAGAAUUAUUUAAUAAUAUUUGUCAUCGUAUCACAA